AUGGCGCAGCUUUUGGCUCCAUACAACAACUCCAUGCGGCUUGGUCAAGGCUUCAACUCCUAUACACAACAAACAUGCCUUGACCAAGCUGUUCUCCCAGAUCCAACCUUCGCCCAGUCCGAUGCGUUGAGAAGGAAAGCUGGCGAUGCUAUUAAUAGUCCUCCGGUCAAUGUUGAUACACCUGCCGCCGCCGAUCCUGGCACUGACAGCUCAGUAUCUGGAAGCAAGUUACUUGAUGAUGUCGAAUCUGUCAGCGAUUCGGGCACUCAUGUUGAUAUAAUCGAAAAGGCACGACAGGAAGUUUUGAAAGAGUCCAAGAAGGACCCCAACUCUGGACUCAUUGUGCCUUCCUGGGUCAAACCUCAAAUCGUGACAUACUCGUCGCGUUUUGUGGACAAGCUGAGUGAUGUGACAGAUGCAAUGAAUAUUUCUGGUUCCUUGUCUAUCAAAACCGCUACCAUCGGUGGAAAGGCCAAUGGUUCUUACGUCGACAGUGACAAGUUCAAGUCCAGUGAUAUAAAUUUCCAUCUGCAGGUCAAAGUUACCAACCAGGUCGUUGAACCAGGUAACUACUGCAUUUUCAACAAGAUUCCUCAAAUUCACCAAGAGAGAUUCAACGAGAUUUACGGAGAUACCUUCAUCUCCGGUUGGGAGUCUGGUGGCGAACUGAAUGCCAUUAUCUCAAUGAAAAUUGCCGACAAGUCCAAGGUCUUCGAAAUCAAGGCCCACCUUGAAGCAGAGCUUACCACACCUAGUCUAUCUGGUGCUGUCAGUGGCAAUUUCGAGAUGGCCAAGAAGAACAUUACUUCGGAUACUGAGACAACCAUUGCGGUUAACUGGUCAGGGGGUGGCCGUAUCAAGGACCCCACUGAAGACUGGAGCAUUUCCAGUUUGAAGAAGGCUGCCGCUGCAUUCCCAGAUUUGGUUGCAAUCACUCCUCAGCGUACUUACGCAAUUUUGACCAAAUACAGUGCCCUUGAGAGCUUCCAUUUGCAAAACCCAGACUUUUCGCCUCUUGACUAUGAGAAUGCGGGUGUCUACACUGGCUCCUUGCUAGACAACUACAUGGAUUACAAGUCUCUCUGGAAGCAGAUUUCAUUUGCAUCUUACGAGUUGGAGAGCAACCGUGCCACCAUCGACUUGGCCCAGCCUUCUCAGGAUGUUUACGAUCUAGCCAAGGUCAAGGGUCCACUGCCUCCUGGAAAAAGAAGUGCACGAAAGCUUCUUCAAGCUAGUACGAAGGGAGCCCUUGCAGUUGCACAAGAAAAGGACACACCUGUGCCGUCUAACCCGACGGAAACUGAAGAGUCCGUCCCAGUUUUCCCAGCAUCGUUUGCUGGCCUGAUCCAAGCUCGCAAGUUGUGCCGCAUGGAAAUGGCUAAAAUCGUCAGUGAAGUUGAUGCCGUGGCCGAGGACCCCUCGGUCGCAACUGAUGUAACUCGCGACUCAUACUUCCUUAAUCCAUUGAUCUUCAAGCAGCUCGUUCCGAUUGUUCGCUCUCUAUCAGCUGAGAAUGCUAUUUACGGUGUCAAAGAUCCCAGUGCCACAGUCAUUCUGGGUUAUAACCCUCCUGCUCAUACAACCACCGCUCUUGUUCCUGUUUAUAAGUUUAACCUCCCCAUCGACAAGCAGGACCACCGCUUGCAGGCUUCCAUUAGAAAGUGCGCGGCCAAAGCAGAAGACUAUCGCGUACAUGGCACUGCUGGAGAAGUUGAGCAAGUGCACGAAAAUGCUAAGAUGUUCAAUGCAUUGGAGACAUUGAACGCAACCUUCUGCCCAAGCAGUAUUGGGGUUUGGGCCCAAAAUAACAUCGUGCAGGGUAUCCAGAUCACCUACACCAAAGGAGACAAGAUUUCCUUCGGAGUAUGCAACGAUAAGGUUCCAGCCUCUCAUCAGCUUAACCUCGAUAUUAAAGUUUCCGAAGCGGUUGUCGAAAUCAACAUCAAGACUAGCACUAAGGACAGUAAGAAGUACAUUGCUGCAAUUAGCUUCGCGACAAAUGCCUGUCAACUCCUGGACACCUUUGACGAAAAGAAAGCAACAGCCGAGGACAAAAUGGAGACAUUCCGCUAUGUGCGCUGUGAUGACCAACCAUGGACGCUGCGCGGAUUCUUUGGCUUCGCUGACAACGAGCAUCUGACCAGUCUUGGUGUUGUGUGGGGUAAGGACAGCUUCGUCCCCACUCUCAACUCGCUCCUCCCAUCACCACUGUGCAGAAAUCUACUCGGAAUGAACCAGGCUAUGCAGAAAGAUGUCCUUGGUCACAUGGCCCGUUUGCAAAACAGGAACAAAUUCAUCAUGGGCGACUUUGUUGCCACUGGCAUUAGCUCUGAAAAGCCGGUCCUCUUCAACGCUCUCACCGAUGUAGAGAGUACCUGGACAAUCGCCAAGCUUGGCUUCGCCACUGCCAACAGCGGGCCGGGCCAGGGCAAACUUAGUGGUCUGAAGGUCUCCUACACGAACGGUAGAAGCCUGAAAUAUGGUGCUUAUCCCGAGAAAGAUGAGGAUGCUUCUUGGGUCUGUGAGGUUAACUCACCAAUUGUGACGGCAAAGCUUGUCACCACCAAACCCACCCAUAACAGCUCGUUCAUUAACUCUGUUGAGUUCAUACUCGCUGCGGAUAACCUGGGCCAGCUCCCUGGAUGGCCACUAGAUGUUGGAACUGUACGUUUCUUGAGUGAUGAGGGUGAGCAGAGCGCGAGUGAUUCCCCUACAUUAGUGGAGUCUGCACCAAAACCUGGUAAAACUAUUUGGUCCAUGAAGGGUUUCUACGGCGAGCAUAGCUGUGAGCUCAUUACUCAGCUCGGUAUUGUCUGGGGCCGUUCUUGA